CUGUAAUCUGAACCAGCUGUGUCCAGACUGAGGCCCCAUUUGCAUUGUUUAACAUACUUAGAAAAUGAAGUGUUCAUUUUUAACAUUCCUCCUCCAAUUGGUUUAAUGCUGAAUUACUGAAGAGGGCUAAGCAAAACCAGGUGCUUUCUCUGUCAGCUCUCCAGUGGCUCGGAGGACCCAGGCUCUCCCCUUGUCCUCUCCUCGCCUCGCUCGUCCCCCCUGGAAUAAAAGUAUCGGCGAGCCCCACAGGCCCAGAGGAGGCCGAAGUUCAGGAACUGCUCCGAGGGUCCCGCGCUGAGAGCUCUCCAUCUUUUCCCCCUUGCUUCUCCUGCCCACGCGUCUUGGACAUGCCAGGAUUUAAAAGGAUACUCACUGUGACCAUUCUGGCUCUCUGUCUUCCAAGUCCUGGGAAUGCACAGCAACAAUGCACUAACGGCUUUGACCUGGACCGCUCAUCAGGACAGUGUUUAGAUAUUGAUGAGUGCCGGACCAUCCCCGAGGCCUGCCGAGGAGACAUGAUGUGUGUUAACCAAAACGGCGGGUAUUUAUGCAUCCCCCGAACAAACCCAGUGUAUCGAGGGCCCUACUCCAACCCCUACUCCAACCCCUACUCAGGUCCGUACCCAGCAGCUGCACCCCCGCUGUCAGCUCCAAACUACCCCACGAUUUCGAGGCCUCUCAUGUGUCGCCUUGGAUACCAGAUGGAUGAAGGCAACCAGUGUGUAGAUGUGGACGAGUGUGCAACGGAUUCGCACCAGUGCAACCCUACCCAGAUUUGCAUCAACACCGAAGGAGGGUACACCUGCUCCUGCACUGACGGCUAUUGGCUGCUCGAAGGCCAGUGCUUAGACAUUGAUGAAUGUCGCUACGGCUACUGCCAGCAGCUGUGUGCGAAUGUUCCUGGAUCUUAUUCCUGUACGUGCAACCCUGGUUUCACCCUCAACGAGGAUGGGAGGUCUUGCCAAGACGUGAACGAGUGUGCAACUGAGAACCCCUGCGUGCAAACCUGCGUCAACACCUAUGGCUCUUUCAUCUGCCGCUGCGACCCGGGAUAUGAACUUGAGGAUGAUGGAGUUCAUUGCAGUGAUAUGGACGAGUGCAGCUUCUCUGAGUUCCUCUGCCAACAUGAGUGUGUGAACCAGCCUGGCACGUACUUCUGCUCCUGCCCAGCUGGGUACAUUCUGCUGGAUGACAACCGAAGCUGCCAGGACAUCAAUGAGUGUGAGCACAGAAACCACACGUGCAUCCUGCAGCAGACUUGCUACAAUUUGCAAGGGGGCUUCAAGUGCAUUGACCCCAUCCGCUGCGAGGAGCCUUAUCUGCGGAUCAGCGAUAACCGCUGUAUGUGUCCCGCUGAGAAUCCUGGCUGCAGAGACCAGCCCUUCACCAUCUUGUACCGGGAUAUGGACGUGGUGUCUGGACGCUCUGUUCCUGCUGACAUCUUCCAAAUGCAAGCAACGACCCGCUACCCUGGGGCUUAUUACAUUUUCCAGAUCAAGUCUGGGAAUGAGGGCAGAGAAUUCUAUAUGCGGCAAACAGGCCCCAUCAGUGCCACCCUGGUGAUGACACGCCCCAUCAAAGGGCCCCGGGAAAUACAGCUGGACUUGGAAAUGAUCACUGUCAACACCGUCAUCAACUUCAGAGGCAGCUCCGUGAUCCGACUGCGGAUAUACGUGUCUCAGUACCCGUUCUGAGCCCUGGGCUGGAGCCUCUGACACUGCCUCUCAACAGCACCAAGGGACAGGAGAAGCGAAGGAACCAGAGGGAGAAUGAGAGCGAGAAAGACGUGAUGCCCUUCCUGCCGAAUGUCUCCUGGGGAGUCAGCCCCGAGUCCUGACCACGCCUGUAUUAUUAUAAACCCCAUCCCGUCACUUUGAAGGACAUGCUUCCCCAGUUGCUAUGACACAGUUAUCAAAAAGCAUUACCAUUGGCACCCUAACCUGAGAUUGACGGUGAUUUUUCAAGGCCUUCAGUUUAUUUCCAUAUUUUUCAAAGAAAAUAGAUUAGGUUGGCUGGGGUCUGAGUCCACGUUCAAAAACUGUGAACCGCUUCCUCUCACCUCCUCCAGGCCUUCUUUCUAUCUCUCGCUGAUUGCUUCUUUGCCAAGGCCCAAAAUGCUCCUGGGGAUGCUGGGUGUAGCUAGCUUGCUUCUUGCAUGUACAGAGAAGGCUAUGGAAAGAAACCACAGCAGGAUCUAAGGGUUUUUAAAGAGUCUAUUUCAAAGCCAUGUCUGGUAUUUUCAGCCAUAAAAGAAGUUUUAGUUGUCCUUAAAUCUGUAUAACUGUUUAAUCCUUUCUUGUUCAUUUGAGUAUUUUUUUUUUUUUUAAUCCACGGUAGAAUUCCUUCAAAAGGCCUUAAGGCACGUGUUAUGUUCUGUCUUCCCAAACCCAGUCUCCUCUCCAUUUUAGCCCAACGUUUUCUUUGAGGACCCCUUCAUCAUGCUUCCUUUAGAAUUUUUACACAACUGGGUUGGAAGGCAGAGGUCUCCAAACUGAUUAAAUAUUUGAAGAGA